GACAGACAGUGCAGUAGAGACGCCUCUACCUGCGGCCGGUGAGCACCGAAAAUUACCGACUUCAUCAAGGCGUCAUUUCGGGGCGCGUAGAGAAGGACCACCGCGUCGCUGCACUAAAAGGCAUUUUAAUUGUUAGACAUGUAUAAGCGCUCCUCAUCUUCUCUGUCUUUGUUCUGACAGUUUUUUAGAACUAAAAUGACGAGUCAGAGCCGAGUAUCCUCCCAACCGGAGCUUUUUCGCGGUGCUGUUUCGCAGUCAGAUAAAACUUCACUGCUUUCAGUAUUCCUCCUCAGUCCGCCUUGAAAGCAAGUAACGUGCAACGACAGAUGGGGCAAAACGACAAUGAAGAGGUUAACCACACCUUUGAAAGCGGACAUCUCUUCAGUAGCCUCUUGACCAACUUUGUUGCGCAUUAAGAUGCGCACGACCGAAGAGGAGUUGAAUUUUUGCGCUCUUCUUGACAGUUUCUGAGUGUCCUUUUACUGACUCAACCCGCAAAAGCAAGGACUUCCUAUGUAUUUAAGAAAAAACCCAGCUCAGUGUUGGCUGAGAUCGUCACUUUAAAGUUUGGUGGGGAAUCUCCUUGAGGAUUUGUUGCGUUCAACAUGACGGUUCGUCUCUCGCGGAUCCAGCUGGCUCUGUUCUUUAUCUUGCUUUGUCCGGUCAAUAUCAUCGGACUCUGGUGGGCAGUAGGCAGUCCACUGGUCAUGGACCCCAACAGCAUUUGCAGGAAGGCAAAGCGUCUGGUGGGGAAGCAGGCUGAGCUGUGCCAGACUCAGCCAGAGAUCAUCAACGAGGUGGCCAAAGGAGCCAGGCUGGGCGUCAGGGAGUGCCAGUACCAGUUCAGGUACCGCAGGUGGAACUGCACCAGCCACCACAAAUACUUUGGGAAAAUACUUCAACAAGAUAUUCGGGAGACAGCAUUUGUUUAUGCCAUCACAGCUGCUGGUGUGACACACUCUGUGACCCAAGCCUGCAGUAUGGGAGACCUCCUGCAGUGUGGCUGUGAGGCGACCAGGAACAGACCACCUCCAAAGCCGUCCUCCUCUGGGGAUGGGGUCAAGUGGGAGUGGGGGGGCUGUGGAGACGAUGUGGAGUUUGGUUAUGAAAAGUCAAAGCAGUUUAUGGAUGCCAAGAGGAGGAGAGGCAAGAGUGACAUCAGGACACUCGUUGACCUGCACAAUAAUGAAGCCGGGAGACUGGCAGUAAAGCUCUACAUGAGGACUGAGUGCAAGUGCCAUGGACUGUCAGGCUCGUGCACCUUGCGCACAUGCUGGAAAAAGAUGCCCCAUUUCCGUGAAGUAGGUGACCGCCUGCUGGAGCGGUUCAAUGGUGCUUCCAAGGUGAUGGGUGGCAAUGACGGCAAGACCCUGAUCCCUGUCGGCCAGAAUAUUAAGCCGCCGGAUAAGCAGGAUCUGAUCUACUCGGACGAGUCUCCGGAUUUCUGCCUUGCAAAUCGAAAAACAGGUUCACUUGGAACAAAGGGGCGUAUAUGCAACAGCACAGCCAUGGACAUAAGUGGCUGUGAUUUGUUGUGCUGCGAACGAGGCUACCGAGAAGAAACAGUGGUGUUUGAGGAGAACUGCUUGUGUCGUUUUCACUGGUGUUGUGUUGUCCAGUGCAAAAAGUGCUUGGUUCGAAAAGAGCUUAGUCUCUGUCACUGAUGAACUGAGGUUUAAAGUAGUCAAAUUAAUUUGUUAAUUAUAACUACUUUUGUUACUUUUUGAAGUUCUCGCUUUAGUUUGGCUAGUGUGGAUGAUGGAAAGGAUUUAGAGUUUCAUGGUUAUCCAUUUUCUUAGAUAAUGCCCCAGUUCAAUCAGCAGUUACCACAUAUGGCAUAGAGAAUCUAGUGUUGGCUAGCUGGCACAUAUUGUGAGUGUUUUCCUUCCACAUCCAGUUCAACAACAGAGCAUGAUAGGAGACAUUGCUUUUUAUCUACAACAUUCUAUACAGUAAUAGGAAGAUUAAGUAUCCUACUAUGGCCAUAUUCCAUUCCAGUGCUUUUAUUGUACUUUGAGAUGUCCUUACUGUUCUCUAACAGUGUAAUGCUCAUAGACUUGACAUAAAAGAUGGACAUAGCCUCCGGACCUAAAGAGUGAAGUAAACACAAAAAGUGCCUUAAACCUGCAUUAUUUCCAAAAAUCAGCAGGGGAGUCAAAUCACCCCCGUGCUCUUGAUGCCUGGUUUCAAAAAACUAAGAUGGUGAUGACCAAAGAACACCAAAUUCAUGCUUUAAAAUAGGAGACCACAAACAAGUGGGAAUUGUUAUGGUGGCUACAUCCAUCUUUCAUAUAUAUUCUGUCUUAACAGUAUAAUCAUAUUCUUGAGUUUGCAUUUACAUUUUACCAAAAUUUUACCAAAAACUGUGUCUCAGUUGCAAUAACUGCAGUGAAACCACAUAAUGGAACGUGGAAAACAGCUCCAAAACAGUGCUGGUCUUGACUCAUUGUUCUGCUACUGUUUAAAAAAAUGCAAAAAAAAAAAAAAAAAAAAAAGGGAAAGUGUAACCCAUUAUUGUAUUUGAAAAAUGCUGUUAACACCAUGCUUUACAGGUGCGGACUUGGCUUGCCAGCAGAGACUCUUAUUUAUAUAAAGAUAUGAUGACUACUUGCUUCCAUCUCUCUCUCAGAAGCAUUUUGGACACAACAGCUGCCAGGGACUUCCUCAUCAGCUUGGCAAUAAAACCAGCAGUGGUUGGCUGUUUCUUCUAAACCAAAAUAGAAACUUUUUUUUUCCAUGAUAUUGUUUGGUAUAAAAAAUGUAUAUGAUGCAUUUUGUCUAUAUAUUAUGAUAUACAGGGCUAAUAAUAAUGCACUUUGGAUGUUAGCAUUUAUUUGAUACUGUAAGUGCAUGUGUGUGUGUGUGUGUGUGUGUGUGUGUGUUUGUGUGUGUGUGUGUCAGGGAGAGAGCAAGAGACUGAGAGAGAGAGAGAGAGAAAGGGAGAAAGAGAGAAAAAAGUGUGCAUUAUUGUGUUUGUGCAGUUUGGCCAGUUAUCACCAUAUCCUUCAGUGUACAUAUCUAUAAGUUGCUGUCUGAUGUUAAACUGCAUUAUGCUGGUUAUUGAAAGCACACCACUCUUGGACUUUCUGUCUGACUGUGACAGACAAGGUCUUUUUUUUUUUGGUUCCUUUUCAGCAGAAGCAUGUUUCCCAUAAACUUAUCAUGUCAUCUCAUUUACGCUUUUUAAUUAUCCGACAAUGCACAGUAAGUAUACUGAACUAUAAGACUUCAGUUUUUUUCUAAGGUUUUUGCAUUUGAAUGAGGGUUAAUAAUUUAGAGUCAGCUGGUUUUGAUCUUCCAGUUAGAGGUGUAUCACGGUUCAGAUCUGGAUGUUUCCAUGUCACUUUUAUUGUCUGUUGUAUGACAGCACUGUGCGGGGCCAAAAUCAAUUGACUCAGUUUAUAACUUAACUGUUGAUUAUUCUGUAAGUCCAUUUUGUAGUUAACGUUAACCACUUAAGGUCAUGAUAACUGCACAUUGGGCUGACACCCCCCCACUGAUUUUUUUAUGAGAGAGUAGCCCUUUAUGUGUGAACAGAGCCAAAGUUUAAUUUUUUUGCAUUCAGGACAUGUUGAACAGCAAGGCAAUAAGAUCCAUAUAUGAACCAGUCACACCCAUUGACGAAGAGGCUGCAUCUUAUCACUAGAGGUGUGGGCUUGAGAAUUUCCUCCCUUUUUCAGUUUUUUAAUACCAUUCCAUCCAGCUUUGGUGAGAUAUUAGUAGUGACAGUUUCAAAACGUUUCAGUGAAAUCUACAUUAUUUAACCAGCAAAUCUUAGAUAACUCAUUUGUCAUUUAUUUAAAUGCAGUUUGUCAUAUAUUGCUUUUGAUUUCCAUCUGCUCUUCAUCAUUGUAUUGAGAAGAAAUCAUUGCAUACUUGGAUGUUACACUGCAACUUCA